AUGAGUAAGGUGGAUGUAAAUAUUGAGGGGAUGCGCAGACCCCACGAAAACCCUACAGAAUGGAGAGUCAGGAAAGCCUUUUUGGAAAAAAAUGCUGGAAAGCUUGAUGUUGAUAGGCUAGAAUGCUUAUCACAAUGCUUUGUAAACUGUGAAUUAUAUGGAUGCGGUUAUCCCGACAAAGUUAUGAAUGAGAUUAAGGACCUCGGCUCUGAUAUAAUUGACAAUAUCUAUCCGAACCGGAGUCGGUAA